AUGGUUAGCAUAAUGAUACUAACCAUAUACAAGAAGAUGGAUAUUAAGAUGAGUGUAAUAAGGUGUUACAUGAUCAUGCUAAUUAUUGUACUAACACUCUCAAAUGUUGUAAAUGUAGCAGGAAGUCAAGAAAGGCCUCUUCUUAUUAAUUUGGGAGACGCUAAUUCAGAUACCGGCGGCGUGCUAGCUGGUGCUGGACUUCCCAUUGGCCUGCCCCAUGGAAUUACAUUCUUCCACAGGGGCACAGGUCGAUUUGGUGAUGGUCGUCUCAUUAUUGACUUCUUAUGUGAACACCUUAACUUGGGUUAUCUAACCCCGUACUUGGAGUCACUUAAGCCAAAUUUCACCAGUGGAGUCAACUUCGCCGUUGCAGGUGCAACCCUGCUGCCGAAGUAUGUUCCUUUUACCUUGAGUGUCCAAGUUCGCCAGUUUAUUCACUACAAAAAUCGGUCAUUGGAGCUUAUAUCACACGGAGCAAGGGACUUGAUCAAUGAGAAGGGGUUCCGUAGAGCACUUUAUAUGAUCGAUGUUGGACAAAACGAUAUCCUACUGGCCCUAUACGCGUCAAACAUAACCUUUGAACCAGUUGCUCAGAAGAUCCUGUCCUUUCUCGAAGAAAUUAGAUUGGCUGUCGAUACAAUCUACCAAUAUGGUGGACGAAAAUUUUGGAUCCAAAACACGGGGCCCUUAGGCUGUCAGCCAAAAGAACUUGCCCUGCAUCCUCAUACUGACGAUGACCUUGAUGAUAUUGGAUGCUUUCGUGUUAUUAACCAAGCAGCAACAGCCUUCAACGAGGGGCUUCGUCUGCUCUGUGAAGAUCUAAGAUCAGUGUACAAGGAUGCUGUUAUCGUCUAUGUCGAUGUAUAUUCUAUCAAGUACAGCCUAUCUGCCAACCCUGAAGAAUAUGGAUUCAAAAAACCAUUUACUGCUUGCUGUGGGCGUAAGCUUCCAAAUAACUAUGACAGAAAUGCAACGUGUGGACAGCCGGGCUCUACCAUCUGCAAGAAUGUGUCACAGUCGAUAAUAUGGGAUGGAGUUCAUUAUACUGAAGCAGCUAAUCGCAUUGUAGCAACAAAGAUACUGUCAGGAGAAUAUUCUACCCCACAAAUGAAGCUUGAGCAGUUCUGGGAUCUGCAUUAGGAGCAAAUCUGAGCAGCACCAAUGUACUUUCUUUGAAAUAAAAGCUUUUUUUCUUCUGUAUUCAAGCCAAGAAAAAGAUUUAUGAAUUUCCUAUAAAUAACUCUAUCUUGGAGUUUGCAUAAGGGGAUAACUUGUCGAAAAUCCUACAUUAGGCUAAGCAAUUUGUUCAUUGAAAAUGAAAGCAGAAAAUGAGAACCAGAAGUUUAA